GACUACUACACCCAUCAUGCUAAUUUAGUUCAGCGAUGAGAUUGAACGUUCUAGCACAGUUUCUAAUACUUUCAGAAUAGAAAAGACUGGACAGCAUUACAAAACCGAAAAAGCCAUCACAUUUUAUUAAAAUGCUUUGGUUUGAAGGCUCUAUUCCAGCAGCCAUCAUCUCAGCCAAAGAACAGAGCUCCAUCUUCGUCGUCGUAAUAACAGGCGACGAUGAGGUGUCAGCACAAAUGAUGUCCAGUUGGGAGGACGACGGAGUGGCCGAGGUCUCCCAUAACUGCUGUGUCGCAAUCAAGGUGGAUGCCAAGAGCGAGACAUGCUCUCAGUUCUCUCAAAUCUACCCGGUGGUGUGCAUCCCGUCCAGUUUCUUUAUUGGAGAGAAUGGAAUCCCCCUGGAAGUUGUUGCCGGGAGUGUCUCUGCAGAGGAACUCAUGAAAAGAAUUGAAAAAGUCAAACAGAUGCACGCCCAGCAGAUAGCAAGCGAGGGAGCGGAAGCAGGGACUCCCGUGGAGGCUUGUCCACCAGCCGUGGUAGCCUCAGAGCCAGCCCCAGCACAGCCCCCCUCACCCCCACUGGAGCUCCAGCCCAGCCACGCACCACCUGCAGCGCCAGCCACAUCUAAAGAAUCCCUGUCCAGGCCAGCAGAGGAAGGCGGAGCAUCAGCCUCAGUGGUCGUCACCCCCGGGGAAGACGGGAGCUCAUCGUCAGACGACGCAUCAACCAGCUCUCAGCCUGACAGGGUCCUUGAUGCUAAGGUGGAGAGGUUAACAAAGAAACCGGAGGAGAGACUGGAUCAGAAAAAGAAAGAGGAGGGUGAAAUAAAGGAGAUGGAGAGAAGGAAGAUGGGGAAGGAGAUGCUGGACUUCAAGAGGAAGAACGAGGAUGAGAAGACCAAGCGCAUUAUGGAUGAGAGGAGCAGAGAGAAGGCAGAGGAGAAGGCUGCCAGGGAGCGUGUCAAAGCACAGAUCGCCCUGGACCGUGCUGACAGAGCUGCCCGCUAUGCCAAUAACCAGGAGGAGGUGGAGGCAGCCCGGCUGGCAGCACUGCAGGCCAGACAAGCAGAGGCGGAAGCCAAGAAGGAGAUCGUACACAGGGAGAGGAGCGCCAUAGCAAGAAUACAGUUCCGUCUCCCAGAUGGUUCUUUCUUCACCAGGCAGUUCUCCUCAGAGGCCAGACUGAAUGAGGCUCGGCAGUUUGCUUUCAAUGAAGUGGGAAAUCGCUAUGGCAACUUCUCCCUGGCGACUAUGUUCCCUCGCAGGGAGUUUACGGCUGACGACCUGGGUAAGACUCUACUGGAGUUGGAGCUGGCUCCCGGUGCCUCCAUAGUCCUGCUGCCUGGCCGUGGCUUUUGUUGUGCGAUGGGUAACGAUGCUUCGUGGGUGUCAGUUGUCGACGUGUGCAGUGGGUCCCUGGUCCAAUCCCAGCAAACAGGAUGGCCCAAUAACACGGUGGUGCAGUCUGGAGGGGGUAUCUGGGCUGUGUUGGGUACCAUCCUCUACCCCCUGCUGGCUGUGUGGAGGUUCCUGAGCGGCUUCCUCUUCACCAGCCCCGCCACCCCCGGAGCAGCAGGCCCCAGAGGCCCAGCCCAGCAGCCCAACACUAACUCAGGCUCUGGUUCCUCCUCCUCAUCUGCUGAACCGAAGAGAGAAACCCUUCGCAAACGCACACUGGAAAAGCAACCAGUAGACUUCAAACGAGACGGUAAAAUCCACAGGCUACGGAAUCACCAGGACAGUGAGGAUGAAAAUAACACUUGGAACGGCAACUCUACCCAGCAGAUGUAGUGCAAUAACACUGUCCCCCCCCCCUUCCUUCCCUCCCUCCUGCUAAUAUUAGGGCUGUUUGUUUUAUGUUUAUCUUGUCUAAGCCUGUACUCUGCUCCUCCCCUGCAUGGGUAGAUGUAAUCAAGUUUACCUCCCGACCGUUGGGCUUGAACAGAGAAGACCCCCUUUGUGUUGAAACUGUUACUUGAUUCAUUCAGCCUCCUUACAGAAUACAACCAGCCGGGGGGGGCCGUCAGUAUCCUGACAUGUCUACUGUAUGAUGAAGGGCUGAGACAGAUGUUGAUUGAUGGCCUUGUCUAAAUGAGAACUUUUGUGUUUAAUGUAACAUUCAAUAACCAGAUAAAAUGGUGUUUAAUGCUGUAUGAUAUGAGGCCUGUGUGUGUAGCAGUAUUUAAUCAAGGCUGUGACCCCUUGGUAUAGACUACCUCCCUCGGCAGUAGAAUGUGUUUCUACUACUAGUUGAACAUGGGAAACCACUGUACUGCUCUCAUUUAACUAUGGGAAUAAAAAUGUUUUCCAAUAAACAA